AUGUCUGCCGUGAGGGCUCCUUGUGGCUACGCCGGCCUCCGCAAUCUGUCCAACACUUGCUAUCUGAACUCGCUCUUCACACAGCUCUUCAUGAAUACAGGAUUCCGUCGAUUCAUGAUGAACGCCCGCAUCCCAGCCCAAUCCAACACCCACGGCCUGCUCAGAGAGACGCGCAAACUCUUCGCCUUCAUGCAGGAGAGCUCUCGAAAAUUCAUCGAUCCUAACCUCCUUGUCGGGUCUAUCAAGACAUAUGAAGAGACAGUCAUCGACGUUCACAACCAAAUGGAUGUUGAUGAGUUCUAUAACCUGCUUUUUGAUCGCUGGGAAGGACAGCUUUCGACGGCAGAGGAUAGAAGAACACUAAGAUCCUUUUACGGCGGUCAGCUCGUACAGCAAGUCGCCUCCAAGGAGUGCGAACACGUUUCUGACCGACUAGAGCCAUUCUCGGCGAUUCAGUGCGACAUCAAGGGGAAAAGCACCCUACAAGAUAGUCUUCAGGCUUAUGUCGACGGGGAGAUUAUGGAAGGAGACAACAAGUAUAAAUGCUCGAGCUGUGACCGACAUGUGGACGCAGUGAAGAGGGCUUGUUUGAAGGACAUUCCGGAUAAUCUGAUUUUUCAUCUCAAACGGUUCGAUUUCAACCUACGGACUCUUAUGAGAAGCAAGAUCAACGAUUACUUUUCAUUCCCCACCAAAAUCGACAUGCGACCAUACACUGUUGGACACCUUGACUCUCCUUCCGAGCCUGGCGAAGAGGACAUGUUCGAGUUAGUCGGUGUGCUCGUUCACGCUGGUACGGCAGAAUCCGGUCAUUACUACUCAUACAUCCGGGAAAGACCAACUAUGGCCUCCUCAGAGGCUUGGUUCGAGUUCAAUGACGACCUUGUCACACCUUGGGAUCCAGUCAAGAUGGAAGAGUCGACUUUUGGUGGCACGGAUGGGUCUCUGGAAACCGGCAUAGCUUACGACAAGACGUACAGUGCAUACAUGCUCUUCUACCAACGGUCUUCGGUAUUGAAAGCAGAGCAAGAGGAGUUGCAGCGCCAGUCCAUCCCGACCCCAUUAAAGGUCGAGGUCCCGCUCGAAGUCGUCGACCAUAUCAACGGGGAGAAUACGUUGCUCCUACGAAGACACUGUCUUUACGACCCAAACCACUCGAAAUUCGUUCUCCGAAUGUUUCAACAUGCCAUGAUGCGAAACGGUGGGAAAUGUUCUGACACACACGUCGUUGAGCAGCAUGCGAUGUUCAUGUUCCUUGGCCACCUGGACCAAGUUGCAUCCCGAACCAAAGACCUCCCCGACUUUGAAGAAUAUCGAGACGAGAUUGAGCAUGCCAUUGUCAACUGUGCUAAUUGCGCUGCGGACUUCUUCGAUUACUUUCAGGAGAGGCACGAAGCAUUCCGGCAACUUUUGCAGAGAAACCCGGACCCUGCCAUCAGAUACUCGAUCGGCAGCCUCUUCCUCACAGCCUUGCGGCAGAUCAAAACUUCUAGGCCAGAGAUGUGGGGGCUAUCACAGGACGAGCUGGUCGAAGACCCUGUCAUCAUGCAGUGCGUUCAGCUGCUCGAGGCGUUGUGGAACAAUUUCCACGCUAACAUCAGGUCAUGGCCUGAAGUUUUCCAAACUAUUCUGGCCUUUGCGCAAAUGGGCACAUUGGAAACUGCUGUGCUCAUGGCGGAAAAUUGGUUCUACAGGGUGCUACGCAUUGUCUUUGCUGAUGCCAACAUGGACCUUCCAAGCAACUACGCUCGAAUGCUUACGAAUGUUAUUCGUCGGAUCAGCAAUACGCGCUCAACAUCGUACGAAAUGAUCAUCCAGCUAAUUGAUCACUUCAUGGACGCUCUAGAGGAUGUCCUUGACGUUCACACAAUCGUGGAAAGUGCUGAGAUGCGAUUGGACAUCUACAUGGAACAUCAGGCCCCGAAAAUGUCAUGGACCCCAGAAGAGAUCAACGUCUUAACCCACGAGUGGAAACAGGACGCAGGCAGUACUUUUGUCAAAAAGCUGAUCGAUAUCGACCAAGAGCCUACUUACACAACAUCAAUCAUCAAAAGGAUCAUCAACCUGAGCCACGACAUGGAUAACAGAGUCCUCACACUCCUCAGAAAUACGAUUACUGGCGGCGCAGUACAGUAUUCCAACGCGCCCUACAUCAGAGCAGCUGCGAUAUACUCCCAAGAGAGCAGAAACACAGCCAACAUCCAGACCCUCUUCCGCACCAUCGCUUUUCAGUGCAGGGCACUGCAAAACACGGAUGGGCAGGCCUUUCUGGAGUUUUUCCGACUUGCCUUUGUGCAUCUGCAGAACGAAAGAGAGGAGAUUCGGGUUAUGCGGUAUCCUCAAUACAUCGAGUUUAUCCCUAUGUGGGCGCCUCCUCUAUUGGGCUACUACGACGCAGACGUGCGACAGGGCACGGAGACUCUCCUAUAUAUGUGGUUCGAAAACCAUGACUUGCUCGAUGACGAAGACGAGAGUUUGGCGGUUGCUAUGAACGCGACGGCACGGAAGCUGGCUAUGAGCUGCCUGGUAUACCUUCAGGAAUACUUUGUCAAGCGACGUGCUCAGGUGGCAAAGCAUUCCACCGAACAUCUGCAGGCCAUUAUUGCCAAGUGCGAACCCUUCUUUGGGGUUGACUUGGGGCUCGAAAAUGAUCGCCUCAUUACCUUUGCAGAAUACCAAAACCUCUACCACUCUGUCCUUGAGCCAUUGCGCCGCAUGACGGUUGAAGAAUUGGAGGAUGAGGGCUCCGGUAUGUCUCCAGGACUCUACAGUGAUUCAGACACCCUCGGCUCGGAACCGUGA